UGAGUAUUAGAAAAAUUUUUCUAGAGCUCGAGUGGAGGUACCACCAAGGGCAAGCUUGCAGCACAUGAGGUUUAGAUUGAGAAACCGAAUCCCCGAGAGAAGCAGGGACCACCCCAAGGACAUCCAGGCAACCCCGACUUAGGUCUCCUGGGCUCCCCGCCAAGGAGCAGAGACUUGGCUGGGCCCAGAGAAGAGCUGCCAGCCAGCUGUGUGCCAUCUGCCUGCCGCCUGCUGGGGGAAGGAGGCUCGACCAGCCGUUUCCUGAGGCUGCCACCAGCUGCGCCACGGUCACCUCCGGGCACCCUCUGCCGGUCGGCAGGAGAAGGAACCACAGUUCCCAGCGGACCUCGGGACACAACAUCUUCUACGCACGCGCAUGCCUAAAGGGUGUCGUUCGCCUGCCACCUGCUGGCCGGCGUGAGGACCUACACGCCCUUGCGGAGAAGGACGCUCCCGCCGAUGGGACGCAGGCGCAGAACGACCACUCCUGGAGGACCCGGCGGCCACGCGGGCUCCGCGUAGGACAAACUACAUUUCCCAGGGGUUUUCGUUAACGCAGCUUCGGAGCCUAUUCACUUUGGAGUAGCUGGCGCGAGGACGGCGCGCCCGGCGGCCGGACAUGGCUCUCCUGAUGGGAUCCGUAGGUCGCCAGUUGGGUCGCGUCGGGUGGCUCCAGACCCGGGCCAGGCCCGGGCUUCCCCACGCUUGGGGACUCCUCGCCACACAGCAGAACCGGGGUAAGGCGCGUGGCAACGAGUAUCAGCCGAGCAACAUCAAACGCAAGCACAAACACGGCUGGAUCCGGCGCCUGAGCACGCCAGCCGGCGUCCAGGUCAUCCUUCGCCGCAUGCUCAAAGGCCGCAAGUCGCUGAGCCACUGAGGAGCGCGAAGCUGCCGGCGGGACCCUACCCCGCCCCCCACGGCCCCGCCCCAUUGGAGCAUUUCCCCUUCCUGGAACCGCUCCUGCUCUUGUUUUUGUGGGGAGCUGGGACAACUCAGACAUGAGCGCUCCUUGAACUGGGGGGAAGUCUAGGGUUGUACCGAAAGUAGAAGCAGGAGCUCAGACCUUGCCGAGUCUCUUUCUACGAUACUGAAUUAGGAAGAAUUCCGGACAUACAGUAGUGGUCACCAGUGAACCCCGUGGAUUCUGUUCACGGCUCUCACCACCAGUUACCCACAACCCACCUGCGCCCUCCUGUGUUAUUUGAGAGCAGAUCUCAGACAUUGGGUUAUUUCUUAAGUAUUUCAGAAUGCAUCUCUCCAAGAAAAGGGCUCUUAAAGACAUAAUCACAAAACUUUACACACCUAAAAAAAGUGGUUAAGAAUUCCUUAAUAUCAUUGCCUAAUAAAUGUUGAAAUUUCCAUU